AUGGUUUUGGCCGUCGAUCUGUCAAACCCCACCCCUCAGGCUGAGGCCCGCAAGCACAAGCUGAAGAUGCUUGUGCCCGGCCCUCGCUCUUUCUUCAUGGAUGUCAAGUGCCCCGGCUGCUUCACCAUCACCACCGUCUUCUCCCACGCACAAACCGUCGUCGUCUGCGCCGGCUGCUCGCAGGUCCUUUGCCAGCCCACUGGUGGCAAGGCCCGUCUCACCGAGGGCUGCUCUUUCCGGAGAAAGUAG